AGUUCGGUUUGGGUUUUGGGUUUUGUUAAAUUUGUGUUUUCAAUGAGAGGCAGAAGAGAAGGGAAAGUGCAGAGUGAUCGGAGGCCGGAAUGGCUAAAACGCCGAUAGGUUGUGAACCGGUGGUGGGGUCGCUUACACCGUCGAAGAAGAAAGAGUACAGGGUUACCAACAGGCUCCAAGAAGGCAAACGCCCCUUGUACGCCGUCGUUUUCAACUUCAUCGACUCUCGUUACUUCAACGUCUUCGCUACCGUCGGCGGCAACCGAGUGACUGUGUACCAAUGCUUGGAAGGGGGAGUCAUUGCUGUGCUACAAUCUUACAUUGAUGAAGAUAAAGAUGAAUCAUUUUAUACUGUCAGUUGGGCAUGCAAUAUUGAUGGGACCCCCUUCUUGGUUUCCGGGGGAUCGAAUGGAAUUAUCCGUGUUAUUGAUUCUGGCAAUGAGAAGAUACACAAGAGCUUUGUUGGACACGGAGACUCAAUUAAUGAAAUUAGGACGCAACCACUAAAACCAUCACUUGUUGUCUCUGCAAGCAAAGAUGAGUCUGUUCGGCUGUGGAAUGUUCACACUGGAAUAUGCAUAUUGAUAUUUGCUGGUGCUGGUGGCCAUCGCAAUGAAGUCCUCAGUGUGGACUUUCAUCCUUCUGAUAUAUAUCGCAUUGCUAGUUGUGGGAUGGAUAAUUCUGUUAAGAUCUGGUCUAUGAAAGAAUUCUGGCCUUAUGUGGAGAAAUCAUUUACUUGGACUGAUCUUCCAUCAAAGUUCCCCACAAAAUAUGUGCAGUUUCCUAUGCUCAUAGCUUCCAUCCAUACAAACUAUGUUGAUUGCACCAGGUGGCUUGGAGAUUUUAUCCUGUCAAAGAGUGUUGACAACGAGAUUGCAUUAUGGGAACCAAAGAUGAAAGAUUCCCCAGGCGAGGGUACAGUUGACAUCCUUCAGAAGUAUCCUGUCCCAGAGUGUGACAUAUGGUUCAUCAAGUUCUCAUGUGAUUUCAAAUAUAAAUCGGCUGCUAUAGGGAAUAGAGAAGGAAAGAUCUACCUUUGGGAUCUGCAGACAAGCCCUCCAACUCUCAUUGCCAGGCUAUGUCACGGUCAAUCAAAAUCUACAAUCAGACAGACCGCAGUGUCUUUUGACGGGAGCACCAUUUUGAGCUGCUGUGAGGACGGAACUAUAUGGCGCUGGGACGUAGUGGCAAGCUCUUGAUAUGUCUGUCUGAACACUUUUGCUGCUUUGGUUCAUUAUUAUUAUGACUGUAUCUUUGAAUGGGAAAUUAGAGUGAAGUUUAUAUGAUUUAAGUCCCUUAUCAUCUGCCUUCGUUUUUGUGAUCACUAUGUAAUAUCGCCAUUUUGUCAAUAAUAAACAUGUUAUAUCGUG